GCGAAGAAAAUUCUCAUCAAUCUGCAGACAUGCCGAUGUUGACGUACAAUGGGAAUCAUGGGCUAGCGGAUGAGGAGAGAUCUCCAGCUGCAUCAGUUGUCUCCAACGAUGGGGAGAUGAUCGAGGACUCUGGAGAUUCUCCAGAGACACCUAGAGACACCGAGGAGGAGACUAUGUUCUCGGAUGAAUUUUAUUCACACGAUACCGACGACGAAGACGACCAGAAGAGGACUAGAGACACCGGAGUUAUUAUCGAUGGAAUGAAAUCGAUGAACAACAACAUAUCGAUCUCGAGCUCCACAAGCUCGACUUUUAAUGGAACAACAACAACUAAUCCAGGGAACACCGAAAUCGGUGGAGAUGGUGUUCGAAAGAUGUUCACGAACAGCAGGGAACGGUGGAGGCAGCAGAAUGUCAGUGGAGCUUUUGCUGAGUUGCGGAAAUUAGUGCCCACUCAUCCACCAGAGAAGAAAUUGUCGAAGAACGAGAUCUUGAGAAUGGCAAUCAAGUACAUAAGACUAUUAACAAAUGUUGUGGAAUGGCAGAAGUCGCAGGACUGCAACAACAUCCGAAUAAAAUGCGAGCCGGUGCACUUCAUUUCCUACUCUAGCCACAAGGAGCCAAAGUCCGAGAUAAAUCGAAGUCGCUCAAACUUUCCAUUGCGGCACAAGUACCAAAUAGCCCCACAAAUAUGCGAUAAAAAUGGAAACGAUUUACUGAUAAUUGCUCCGGGGUUGAAGCAACACUCGCACCUCCUCAGUCUCCAAAAUGCCCGGUCUUCACUGAACAAUUCGACCAACAACUCUCUUGCUCUUUCAAAAUCCAAUGGAAGAGUCACAGCUAAUGGGUCUUCGAUUAUCGAGAUAAAUCGAGGCAACUGCUUUCACCACGAGAAGAGAAUUAAAUUCGAUAAAGAAGACGAGGAGAUGAAUGGAAAUACAAGAACUGGUCGAUCUCCACUCAAAAAACGAGUGAAAAUCACUCCCUUCGAAGCGAAGAAUCACGACAAGUAACGGAUUAAAAUCAAUCGCUCGAUUAUAUAUUGUUGUAAUUGUUUUUCAUUGUAUUCUAUAAUUGUAAUUAUUAUCUAGAAUGGAUAGACUCGAAUUUCAGUGGUUUUUACGAGUCUCCGAUUUUUCCAGGGCCUGUGUAAAUAUUCUUUUGAUUCGAUACUGAAAGGCAGAUAACUACAAUUAUAAAAAAAUGGGAACUAUAUAAUAAUUGAUCUAACAAAUUAUAAGUUCUAAACCGAGAGGUUUCCACUUGGCCAAUUAAAGCACGAAAUGAGCGCUUAUAAAUAAAGCACGAAGUGAUCCUUCACGGAAAUACAAAAGAAGUUUUCACGCUCUAAAAAAUUUUGUUGAUUUUCUGUUACAAAUCUCGUCAAUUCGUUAUGUACAUCUUUAUUACGUAUUUAAUAGAAGAAAGGGUAAAGGUCGACUAUACGAAUCUUUGAUAAAAUUAAUUUGAUACCUUGACUAGCCAUGAAAAAAUAUUGAAACUAAAGGAGAUCUAGAGGAAAAUAAUGUCGAUCCGAAUGAAGUGAAGGUGGAGCCCAGAUCAUACAUGAUCUAUAUGUUUAUUAAUUCUAAUAAAUUAAAAAUUAAUGAAGAAUGAA